AUGACAUCAGUUGGAAGGGAAUCCUACGUCCAAAGAGACUGUAGCUUCCAAGAAAAUCGCAAUCAGUAUAUUCGAAAUACAGAUCGCCGGAGCUUGAGCAAUAGCCCCGAAUACAACUCAAGAACCUACACCUCACAAACGUACAGCCCACCUCAAUAUACAUUAUCAGAGUAUACCUCGCCCACAAACACAGUCUUCAAUGAUGCUUUCUCUCACAUCCACGAUGAGGAUCUCAAUAUAUCAGAAGAAAGAUGUCGAAAUACUACAAGUAGUCAACACGAUGCCAUUGUCGCUCAAAAUAGCAUUACUACCUCCUCAGAGUACAAUGACUAUUUGUGGCAAGGUACCUCAUACCCAAGUCUCAACUAUAGCUCCGAAUCAAUAUACAAUUCACAAAUCGACCCAAGUCUUUGGAAUUGUACUAUUAUGAACACUGGACCAAUUGCCCCACUUCCCAUCGUUACAGGAGCACAAAGCAUCCUCGACGAGCACCGUUUCAAGCAGUGCUGGGAGGUUCCAUCACUAGAAGCAGCAAAUUCUGUGCAAAUCAAUGAAUACGCCGGAGUAGCCUUCCCAUCAUGCAUGAUCGGCCAAGCUAGUAUGUCGAGAACAGUCAGCGUCAAUUCAUUCCGGUCAACCUCGUCAGAUUUUAAAACAGAGCGGGAGCGAGCCUCUCCAUUCUUCGACAUGACUGAGUCUAUGGCGAUUAGGUCGCCAUCCCCAGGCGAAGAAUCUUAUAGAUCUGAGUCAACUUCUGGAUCACCUCGACCAAGCACCGCAGAGAAAUCAACUCGAUCAAGGAAACGAAGGCUUCAAGAGAGAAAUGAUCCGAAUCAUGUAAGCCGUCGUGGAGAUACCGGAAGGAGGAAGUUGGAUCGAUACUUUUGCACUCGGUGUAAUGCUUUCCCCAAAGGCUGGAAGCUACCCGAGGACUUGCGAAAACACAAUCAAGGACAUCAUACUGAAAUUGGAUUUUACUGCGCCUCUGGAGUGGAUGAGAACUGUGCCUAUUGGAGUUCUCAGGAGUCGAGAUAUAUUGACCAUCUGAAGGUAGAGCAUGCUAGCUCUCGCAUCUCACAGGAGAUUAUCCGGAAGUAUAACACCAUAAACGGUAUUACGCUCGAUGGUAGUUAUAUGUGCAGGAUACCAGGUUGUGAAAAGGUUUAUAAAAGGGCAGAGCGAGGUCGUCGAGACAAGCAUGAAGAAAGGAAAGCCGCACACGUUUUCAAAGGGGGACUCGGAAGAGCGGAUCCAGCCCAUCUAUUUCCAAACAGUUAUGUGGAAUGCAGGAAUGAUGAGACGAAAAGCCAUGUUGAUAUGGGACAGUACGAUUUUGCUCAUUCUGGUCCAGCAAGGGAAUCCAGGGGGUGUCGGCCAGAGUGA